AUUUUGUUGAAAUAAAUAAAAAUCAAAUAUUUAAAUUAGUUAAGUUAACAAGAGACAAAAUGGCGGAUGAAACUACUCCUUUAACUACGACGUUUGUGCCACAACAACCGCCCGGUCCGGUAUAUGUGUUUCCUGGAGGAGUUUCUCCUCGCUCGCGUCGUCAUAAAAUGCAUCAACUGCAAUGGUGUUUAGGAUUAACAUUUUUAGUCAUCAUUAUUGCAUCUUUAGUUAUUGUCUUAGCCAUAAACAACGAAUAUCCAUAUCCGCCCAUCUUACUAUUGGCCACAAAUGACUCGGCGAAUAAUUUAAAUCAAACGACAAUCAAUUCAACUGAUGUAAUUGGAAGAUUAGAAGCCAUAAAGUUUCCCAUACCUGAUGAGGUGGUAGAGGAUUGGUCACUCAAACAUUUUCACUUGCAAAGCAAUGACACGGAUUGGGCUGUAAGUGAGGGUAUUAAAGCCUUGGGAGAUCGUGAAAUAUUGGAAGAGAGUAUAGAACCAACUCCAGUAGAUUCGCCGGCUUUUCGUCACUACCGUUCAUUAAGUUCUAAUCCAGCAUCGAGAAAAUUGGCGCGUAGAGGUUUUGUGGAAAAUGAAGCCACUGAUACUAUAGCAGAGAAAUAUAAUUAUACAAGAGGUCCGGAUAGAUCAAAUAUAGGUCGUGGACCAAAGAUUAUAUUACCCGAUCCUACGUCCGAUAUAAUAUGUGACUUUAAUGCAAAGUAUCGUCGUUCUAGCGGCAUAUGCAACAAUAAAAAUCAUCCUCGACAUUAUGGAGCAUCUUUAAUACCUUAUCGACGUAUGGUGAAUCCCGACUACUCAGAUGGCAUUUCUCUACCCAGGGGCGUUCUCAAAAAUGGCACUAGUCUGUUGCCUCCAGCCCGCCAAGUGUCAUUGAAAAUAUAUAGAGCCUCAUAUGAAACGGAUUCAAACUUCACCGUAAUGCUGGCAGUGUUUGGACAGUUUUUGGACCACGAUAUAACAGCCACAUCCUUGACAUCAUCUCUGGAGGGAGAGUCUAUAAAUUGUUGUGGUCAACCCAUAAAUUACACACAUCCAGAAUGUUUUCCGGUCACCGUAUUACCCGAUGAUCCUUAUUAUAAGUCCUACAAUUUAAGUUGUAUGAAUUUUGUGCGCUCAGCUCCGGCUCCUACGGGUCAUUUUGGUCCUAGGCAACAAUUGAAUCAGGCUACUUCAUUUAUAGAUGCCUCAGUGGUCUACGGCAAUUCAGAUUUGCGGCAACAUCAUUUACGCACCCUAAACAAUGGCCUUCUGCGUAUGUAUAUUACCAAUGACAGCAGGGAAUUAUUGCCCAUAUCCACUAAUCCCGAUGAUGGUUGUAAUCGUGAUGUCAUGAUUAAACAGGGGAAAUAUUGUUUUGAAUCGGGCGAUGAUCGAGCAAAUGAAAAUUUACUGCUGACUUCCAUGCAUUUGCUGUGGUCUAGACAACAUAACUAUUUGGCUCGUGGUUUACAAAAUGAAAAUCCGGAUUGGGAUGAUGAAACGGUAUUUCAAGAGGCGCGUAGAAUUGUGGGCGCCCAAAUUGCUCACAUAACCUACAAUGAGUUUUUGCCCAUACUCCUGGGCAGGGAAUGGGCCGAUAGAAAGGGUAUUACACCACGUAUACAUGAUCUAGAUGCUCCCGAUACUUAUGAGCGCAGUGUAAAUCCUUCUAUAGCUAAUUGUUUUGCAGCGGCUGCAUUUCGUUUUGCUCACACUUUACUACCGGGUCUUUUUAAUAUCACCAGUAAUCACAGCAAUCCUGAAUAUAUGGAGCUGCACAAGAUGUUAUUUAAUCCUUUUUCUUUAUGGCAUAGUGGUGGCAUUGAUACGGCUCUCUUAAUUGCUACCAAUACUGCGGUACAACGUGUUGAUCGUUUCUUUUCAUUAGAAGUUACCCAGCAUCUGUUUGAAGAUAUCGCAGAUGAUCAUAUACCCGUUUGUGGUUUAGACUUAGUUUCAUUGAACAUACAACGCGGUCGAGAUCACGGUUUACCAGCCUAUCCAGUUUAUAGAAGACAUUGCCAAUUGCCACCGGUGGAUACUUGGGAACAAAUGGCUGAAGCUUUGGAUAAAGAUUCAUUAAAAUCGAUACGAGAAAUUUAUAACUCUCCCAAAGAUGUUGAUGUUUAUACGGGAGCAUUAAGUGAGCCUCCCUUAGAAGGAGCCAUAUUUGGCCCUCUAUUAGCCUGUAUGGUGACAGAUCAAUUUAUGCGUUUAAAACGAGGAGAUUCUUUUUGGUAUGAACGUAAAAUGGGACCACAAAAGUUUUCCAAGGAUCAAUUAAGAACCAUCUAUGGAACAACUUUAUCCCAAAUUAUAUGCCGCAAUUCUGAUGAUAUUAAGCAAACACGUAAAUAUGUUAUGGAACAUCGCAAUAAUGAAGCAAACAAUAUAAUCGAUUGUGAUGAUAUAAAACAUUUUAAUUUUACUCCCUGGAAUUUAAAUCAACAACCUGUGCAACUGCAUAAAACACAUAUCAAUUCCCUAGCUGCCAAAAUACGAGUGAUGAAUACAUCACCAUCGAAUAAAACAAAUCAAUUUUUAAACUCUAUAAAUUAAUAUAAAAGCAUAAUAUAUGCAUCAUCUCCCCAAUCAAACAAAUAACAUCAUACAAAACCAAUCACAUUCAUCAUCACCAUCAGCCACCAUCAUAAUCAAACACAAAUAAAGUUUAAUGACUUUUACAUACAAUUUA